AUGGAAGAUAGCAAAUUUAUCUUAUUAGGAUAAACUUUAAGUUCUCUAUCUCAAAUAAAAGAGGCUUAACAUAAUUUAAUUUAUUUUUCAUAUAGAUCUGGGUUCAGCCAUUAAUUUUAAAACCAUAUCUUCUCCGAUUCUGGAUGGGGAUGCAUGUUAAGAAGUGGAUAGAUGAUAUUUGCAAAUGGCUUAUUACGCCAUUUAAAAGAAAAUCCAUAAAUAUAAAACUAGUUGAAGAUUUAAAAUAUCAACGAUAUUCUCCUUUUUAUUAUAAAAUUUUUCAUAGAAAAUAAAGAUUAACCUUUCUCAAUUUAAUAAAUUGCUGCUGUAGCUCUUGAAGAAUUUAAACUUGAAAUGGGAUUUUGGUAUUCUCCAAAUCGCAUAGCAUAUUCCCUAAAAAAGCUACUAAAUAAUUUUCAAACCUUUUCAGAAAUGAAUAUUGUUUCUGAGGUUAUGUAUUCAGAUAGACCCUUAUAUUUCAGUUAGUGUGUUACAGCUAUGACAGGCUAAAAAAUUGAUUCAACUCUUCCAAAUAACAUUUUAGUAGAUGCGAAUAAAAACUAUGAGAAAAAGUAGAGCCUAAUUCUAUUAAUUAUUUGCCAGAUAGGAUUAGAUUAUCCUGAAGAAAAGUAUUUAGAUAUUCUUAUAAAGCUAUUCACACAUAGAUUGAGCAUUGGAAUGAUAGGUGGCAAACAUAGCAGUGGAUAUUAUUUUACAGGUUUGAAUAAUGAUAAAUUAACCUAUUUAGACCCACAUAUUGUUUAACAUGCUGAUAUUAAUACAAAUGAAAUUAACUUAAAAACAUAUUUUUAAGAGGAAGUUAAAUAAAUAAACAAACAUGCUCUCGGUCCUUCUGUUGGACUUGGAUUUUACCUUAAAGAUUUGAACGAUCUAAAUGAAUUUUGGGGAUAUUUAGUUGAGUUGUAAACUAAACAUGAUGAUCAAUUCUUUUUGAUGAUAGAAAAAGAUUAAAAUACAAAUUAUUAAGAAUAAGAAUUAGUUGAAGAUGAGGAUUUUAUUGAAAUAGAUUGA